UGACCUCAUCCCUGGUGUGGGAUGACGUCAAAUUCAAGAUGGAUGGAAUCACGAGCAGCGCAGAGAAAUCCACACAACACUGAAUAAAGUCCGUGUGUGGGGAGGAAAGACUUAAUUAACGACGGCUCCGCCAUGGAGAGCCUUAUGCAUUACAGUAAUCCCUCCCAUGCCCUCUCAGUGUUGGGGGUGCUGAAUGAGCAGCGGCUGAAGGGGCAAAUGUGUGAUGUGAUCCUGGUGGUUGCAGAUCAGAAGUAUAAUGCCCAUAAGAGUGUCUUGGCAGCCAGCAGUGAAUAUUUCCAAUCUUUAUUCACUCGGAUGGAUACAGAGUCAACAAAGAUUGUGAAUCUAGACUUCUGUGAGCCGGAUGCUUUUGAGAUUGUCCUGAACUACAUCUACUCUUCAUCCCUAUUUGUUGAUAACGGUAGCCUGGCAGCAAUUCAAGAACUCGGCUACAGCCUAGGGAUCCCCUUUCUCACCAACAUUGCAUCAGCAAGGCCACACGCCUCCUACUGUGUGUCAAGAAAAAGAUUUAGUUUCUCAGAGGGUGAUGAGAAUGAUGUCCAGGCAAGAAGUGUAAUCGUGAGAAGGGUUAAAACAGACACAGCCCACUCUUCCUAUUCAAAUUAUUCAAACAAGCCACCUGAGACUGCCUCGUCUUCACUCUCUGCCCGAGAGACCCCUCCCCCGUCUGUACAAAAGUCAUUCAAAUCAAUAAGAACUUCUGAAGCUAUGAAAGCUUCACAAAUGACUGAUACCUCUGAACGGAAAUCCAUCCAUCCUUACACUUCGAUACUGAAAGGCAAUUCAUCACAUAUUACAUCAGUUAGGCCCCAGUUGACUUCAUCUGUGUCUUUCAGUGAUGCUGAGGUGCAGCACAUCAGACUGCAGUGUGACCAAAACACAAAAGAAGACAGUGGAGAAUAUGAUUCCCAUUAUCACAGUAAAGUUCCCCUUCAGAGUACCACACAAGAGCCAACCCAGACUAUUGACCGGAGUGGACCACUCAUAAAAAGUCUUCUCCGAAGAUCAUUGUCAAUGGACAGUCCUGUUCCAGUCUUCUCACCUACUCUGGAGUUACGGGAGCUGCAAAACCGUGAACAGUCUGUGGUUAAAAUGGCUUCAAGAGUUUCCGGCCCAGACACUCCCGUCCACAAUGGUGGUCCCAAAAGAACAUCCCCUUUGGUUCUCAGGUCACGGAGGUAUGAUGCUGAAACUCAGGUAGAGAGAGAUGUAAGUGUGAAAGCUGAGCCCAGCAGUCCACUGGCUGACCCCAUGGACAUAGUUCGAAUCACAGUGGGAGAUGCUUUGCCUGUUAGUCUGAAAGACUUUCAAACUAACUUUGAGCAAAGCACAAAGCCAGACAUGAAUAUUUCUGUAAAAAGAAAGGACAGGCCAGAUAAUAGACGGUAUCCAUUUAAAAAGAAUAAACUGUUCAAGGAACAUGGCCUUCAUUCAGAGGAGAACAUAUCAGAAUCAAUACCUCAGUCUGCUGGUGCUGAAUUAGAUGAAAACAGUGAUGAGUCUCAUCCAGGCAAAACAUUCAAAUGCUGGAACUGUUUGAAGGUCUUCAGGUCAAGUGCAGGUCUACAUCGCCAUGUAAACAUGUACCAUAAUCCUGAGAAGCCCUAUGUUUGUGAGAUCUGUCACAAGCGCUUCCACACAAACUUCAAAGUGUGGACACACUGCCAAACUCAGCAUGGUGUAAUGCAAAAUCCAGCAUCCUCUAGCACCUCUGUAUUAGAUGAGAAGUUCCAAAAAAAGCUAAUUGAUAUUGUACGUGAGCGGGAAAUAAAGAAAGCUUUGCUUUGGAAGUUGAAGAGAAACAAACAAGGCUUACAGUCCUCUGUACUUGGCAAGAAAAAAACCAGGACCAACUUUAUUUGCCCUUACUGCGGAAAAGUAUAUGUGUUUCAAUCUCAGUACAGACAGCACAUAAAGAGUCACCUUUUCAGCCACCAAAGAACUGAAAGGACUGAGCAGGAAACUAGAGAUGACAUGCCUCAAGGAGGAGAGCUGAGCCAGGAGAAUAAUGCUGACAGUGGAGUUUACUUCUGUAGACUUUGUAAUGUAAAGUUGUCUUCUCUCUUUGAACAAGGUGACCAUGAGAGGGGCUGUCGACAUGCAACAGUGUGCCCUUACUGUGGCCUCAGAUUCUCAAGCCCUGUGGUGAAAAAGGACCAUGAGACACAUUGCAAAUACAAGAAACUAACAUGCCUGGAAUGUAUGCGAACCUUCAAAUCCUCCUUUAGCAUAUGGCGUCACCAGGUAGAAGUACAUAAUCAUAAUAUGAUGAGUGCUAAAGACCAGCUCCAGUUAACACAUCAGGAAAACCGUCAAGAAGCGAUGGAUGAAGAGGAAAGGAUGUUCGGAGAGGAGCAGUACAGUGGAGUACACAUGCACAGUAGCAGUGCCAGGGAGGACAUUAGUUACAGUAACUCAUCGGGUCAACCCAUUUAUGAUUCGGAAGACUCUUCAUCAUAUGUGCCUGAAGACCUGAGCAUGAGCCAUCAUGGCAAGCUGGUGGUAAAAGAGGAGCCAAUAGAAGAGGAUGUAAGUGAGAGGGAAAACGCAGACACCAAAGCUGGAGCAGAGGAGCCUGGUGUGUGGCCAUGUGAGAAAUGUGGAAACUUAUUCAGUUCUCGCAAAGACCUGGAACGGCACCAGGAGCUGCUGUGCCACAUCAAACCUUUCAUCUGCCACAUCUGCAACAAGGCCUUUAGGACCAACUUCCGCCUUUGGAGCCACUUCCAGUCUCACAUGUCCGCUAAUGAACAAGGAGCCAAAGAGAUAGAAAGACAGCCCUCCCCUCUGUCCCCCUCCCCUCCUUUAACCCCUCAGAACUCAGAGCGUCCCCCCUCUCAGGCCUCUGUGGUUAAGUCGACACAACCAGUGCCUGUCGCAGCAUCAGUGAGUGAGGAGUCUGGGAGCCCAGAGCCCAGUGGCUCUGUGAGUAAGAACAGGAGAGCAGAGUUUGAGCUGCCGCCCACCAGUCCCAGACCUAUAUCCAGGACAAACAGCCUGGAGAACCCAGCCGGUCCUCAGGAGCCAGACACCCUAUUUUAUCAUGCGCCCUCUCUCUCUGCCCUAACAUUCAAGAGGCAGUACAUGUGUAAACUCUGCCACAGGACCUUCAAGACUGCCUUUAGUCUGUGGAGCCAUGAGCAGAGCCAUAGCCACAUGUAAAAUAUGUCUGAAAUAUACAAAAAUACACCUCAGCCUAGAAAGGAAGACUCUGAAUGUACAAUCUGCCUCUAACAUUAUUAUGAAUUUGUCAAGCUUUUUAUAGAUGUAAAGGUGAAUGUGCAAUCAAGUGCUAGAUUUUUCAUGAUAGUUUAGUUUGCUUUCAAACUCUUGUUUUAAAUCAUUUAUAUCUAUAGAUUAGACACAUUUCAUUUUACAUGUAUUUAUCAAUAUUGACGUGUGACGAAAACAGUAGUCUGGUACUCACCAGUGAAACAGUGCAAUUUUUGAAAUCAGAGGCUACAGUUACACCCUUGUUUAUUUACAUGGUGUUUGGAAGUGCUUUAUUAAUCUUAUGCUGUAGCUGAAUUUCUUAUUAGUGAAGUGCUUGUUGUAUCGGAGUAAUAUCUCUAGGUGUUAAUUACAUCUUAAAAUGUUGUGGCCUGAAUACUGUAUGCAAUAUGCACUUAUGUUGAUCAGUUAAAUUGUAGAGUAUGUGUAAUUGGCUUUAAAACAUUUUUGGGUGAAUUAGCGCAGCAGAUUUUUUCUGUAGUAAUUUAGCUAUAACCAUUUUUGAUCUUCUCGAUUUAUGCAGUGUCCAUAAAACUAUUUUCACAUCAAUACCAAAUUACUAUCAGGUUUUAGGUUAAUUUAGCACAGCAAAAUAUAUGUAUGUUGAUCACCCCAGUUUAAAGUAGUGUAAAUAUUUACACAUCAAUAGAGCAGUAAACCAUUACCAUUGUGUGAGCUUUACAAAACUUGGAUUGCCUUAUGCAACUUCGACUUUUUCCUUCACUAUCAUUUCUCUUAAGCACAAUGGCCAAUAGCAUUUAACUCAGGCUUUUACAGGUAAAUAUAGUUGAAGGAAGAAAGUGUACGUGAUUGAAUGGACUUAUUAAGACUUCGUUAUUAAAGAUUGUGCUUUGAUUGUAUUACUUUGUUAACAACUGUAUUAUUACACAAGUAACAAUUCUUAUGCUUUGGCUCAAGUUGUUGUUAUAUACAGUAUGUUUCUUUGUAUAUGAUUGUUGCUAGUGUUUUGGACAAUUUGAAGAGACAAAUGUUUGGAUAGUGCUUUUAUUUGUGGAAAAAAUAAUAGUUUCACAACUUGGUUUAUGUAUAUAGAAUUGUUUGUAUUCUCGUUUUUUCUAUAAGGUUUAUAAGUAAAAUAUUGAAGUUUGUUAAGUAUUGUGCUUUCAUUGCAAUAAUACUAAUUUAUACUAGCACUGGUUCAUCAUAACUGUUGUUUUUUGGACUUGUUUUAUGUUCAGGGUUUUUCUACAGCUCUCUGCUCUCUGUAAUAAAGUGAUAUUGAUGAGACCUACUUUCAA